AUGACUGUGGAACUGUGUAGAACGUUUUGUGAAGAGCGGAAUGAUAAAUAUUAUGGAUUACAGCAAGGGAGGUGGUGCUAUUGUGGAGAUCGUACACCCGAAAAUAGAGAGCUAGAUGGGAGUUGUUCUUAUAAAUGCGGAGGAAACCAAGAUCAGUAUUGUGGUGGACAGCAUACGCAAAGCUUCUAUGUAAACCGCAACUACAGUAAUGGAUAUCUUGGGUGCUUCAAUGACGAGGCUGAUUCAAUGUUCAAUGUGAAAAACACUUCAUCGACAUCCAUGACUGUGGAAAAAUGUAAAGAAUUUUGUCAGAAGGAAGAUGUCCCAUUCUAUGGACUACUAGCAGGCAUUGAAUGUGUCUGUAGAAAUUCACCGCUGCCGAGCGUCAAUAAGUCAGACGAAGACUGUCGAAUCAAAUGUAGUGGGUACGAGAAGGAUUUUUGUGGAGGAGACGGGAUGAUUGGUUUUCAUAAGAAUUCUUAUUAUGAAAAGGGUUACCUAGGUUGUUUCCGAUCACGGUUCAACGGUAAAUCCUUACACGACAAUGCAAUGACUGUGGAACUGUGUAGAACGUUUUGUGAAGAGCGGAAUGAUAAAUAUUAUGGAUUACAGGUAGUUCUCUAG